GUAUAUGUGUUGCCUAUUUUGCCUAUGAUCUGAUGCGGAGCGCAAAUUGAGCGUCAUUGUCCACCACAUGAUUUUAAUAAAAUGAGAAGAUAAGGACUUGAACGACUCCGGUUGUUCAUUUUCUCCUCGAUAUGUCUGCGGCGAUGCUGAGCACCACUAGCAGCAAGUUGAAUGUAUUGGUCAACAAACUACACGAGUACUUGGCUCAUUCCACCGUUGAGGACAGCAAUGGCACACCAUCCUCAGCGGAUGCCGAUGGUCUUACAAACAGGGGAUUUUCUCCCAGAAAUUCAACAGGCCAUACUGUGACAGAGGCAGGAGUGGAUACCAGAUACUCCAGGAGAAAACCCUCUGUGGUUAUAAAGCACUCUGGACUGGAUGAAUCUGGGGACUCAAAUGGAAGUGAGGACGUGGAGUUACCAAUCAAUGCAUAUGGUCAACUUGAUAUUACUAGAUUGCCAAAAGGCACUGUGAUGGUCCGGCCUGAACCUGUUGAAAACGGAAGAGAUGACUUCAGGGGUCCAGAGUUUCGCAGCCGGAAAUCCAGCGCACUACGUAAAGAGUUUUCAAGAAGACGUGGAGGAGUUGAACGCAUGGGAAUUGUCAGCUGCACUGCAUGUGGCCGCCAAGUUAGCCAAUUCCGGAAAGAUUCCUUGUAUCAACAUCCUGUUUUGAAAGUGCUUAUCUGCAAGUCUUGCUACAAGUAUUACUUAAGUGACGACAUCAGUAAGGAUCCCGAUGGAAUGGAUGAGCAGUGCAGAUGGUGUGCUGAAGGAGGAAACUUGAUCUGUUGUGACUUCUGCAGUAACGCCUUCUGCAAGAAGUGUAUUCUCCGAAAUCUGGGAAGGAAGGAGCUGUCUGGCAUCUUGGAAAGUAAAUGGUAUUGCUAUGUCUGCAGCCCGGAGCCCCUUUUUGACCUAGUGAUGGCCUGUGACAAUGUCAUUGAGACCACGGAGUGUAUGUGGCAUCAGCAGCGCCGGAGGAACCGAGUAGUGCCGGAAAAAUCUGAACUUUAUGGCAUUUUGCCACACUUACCCCAAAACAUUCCUAUGGAUAAAUGGGAUCACUCUGGUAUGGAUGGUAAUGUGGUGUUCAAUUAUAACACACUACAGACUUCCAAGGAUAGUACCAAAAAGGCCAAACAUUUAGUGGAAUCAACAAACGCCUUAAAUCGAACAUUUAUCAGUUUCAUUCAUUCUGCGACAAGGAACAAACCAACGCCUGGCAUUCGCAGUCUGUAUCUGAAGUCUUUUUUGACAGUGGUGAAGGGCUUGCGGAAAUCACUUUCAGCACUCGAGGAUAGCCUGAAGGAAGAAUUUACCGACUUGGAUGUAUUGAACUGUUGGGAUAAGUUACUUAGUGACGAGUUUGAUGCACAGCCUGUAACAGAAGCGGACACUGAGUUGGAUACCGCUGAUGAAAGAUGCUUGAGAGAGUUGCAGAAGUUGGCAGCUGAACAUUCGCAAGAUGACGAUUCUGACUCUAAGGUCUACACAGAUGGGAGAGGUGCACUUGACUGCGACAGGGAGGGCGUGGACUCAUCUUCACGGAAAGCCAGACUGAAGGCACAAAAGAUUGGCCUGAAGUCUUCUGAAAGUGGGGUCAACAUGACUAAGAAACUGGUGGUAAAGCUUACACCCGUGCUUGUGGAAAAGGAGUCAUCCUCCAAUUCUUCAAAGACCGAGACAGACAUGCACAUGGAAGAUAAAAAGUUAGAGAGCAAAGACUUAUCAGAAGAUGAAGAGUCAGGCGUCGCAUGUGCUAAAGCUGACAACAAGAUGAGCAAUGACAACUCAAAUGCAUCUCUGCCUCUAGAAGAGGAACAAGGUAACAGACGGUCUCCUCGCGUAAAGACCACACCUUUGCGUCGACCGAGUGAUGUCAAGGCCAAAACUUCUCUUUCGACAGCAGACAGCGACAGUGACUCGGACCCUGAGGGAACCCCCAGCACAGUACCAGCCAAAAACACUGAAGAACAAAGUCUAAGCAGAGCAAGAGACGACUCUGACUCGGACGAAGUUCCUGCUGCCCUGCUUGAGCGAGCAGCUAUGACGCACAGCUCUGAUGAACCCCAGAGUGACGAGGACGCCGGCAAAGCAUCGACAAAGGUGGCCAAGAAAUGUCUCUUUUGGCUCACUAAGAACACGCCGAUAUCACCAGAGAAGAUGCGCCGCAAACGAAAGAUGCUGGACCGUUCCCCCGAGUCUGACUCAAGUGACAGAAGAACCAAGGCUCGGAGGGAAAGCGGGACAGAUUCCUCUAGUGACGAUCAAGACUCGCAGAAGAAAAUUCAACACUUGAACACGCUGAGGUCAAUGGGGAAGCCCCACCUCGUCAAAAGAGAGGAGGAAGGUGUGGUCAGAAAGCAGGGAAGGAUACAGGCCAGGAAGACCAAGACUAAAUCCCGUCGGGAAGCGACAGAAUCGUCGUCCUCAUCUAGCGAAGACGAACAUGAUGACGACUCCGGGAGUGACGGAGAUGAUCAGAAGAUGAAGCCAAUCACUGAAGACGUGGCCUUACUGGGGGCAGCAGGCUUCCAACAAUCAUCUGGAGAUGAGGAGCAAUCUGGACCCUUGUGGGCAGCAGAAGAAGAUGAUGACCCAGAAAAUAGAAUCGCUAAGAAAAUACUUUUGGCCCAAAUCAAAGCCAACUACUCCUCGGAUGAUGAUAUCUCAUCGGAUGAUGACAUGCAGGAGGAAGAAUCUGAGUCGGAGGGUGCUGAGGUUAAACAAGGCAAUGAGGAGAAUGGGACAGAUGAAAAUGGUGAAGGCUUGGCUUCAGCGUCCUCUCAAUCUGGGUCAGAUGGGCCCAAAUCCAGGCACCACCUGCUCCGCCACAAACUCACCCUAGAUGAGGGAACAUCAAGUGACAAGGCGGCAGCAGAGGGUGAAGUAGAAAAGAAGGAGGGCAAGAAAAAGGCCAGCUGCAUAGACCUGAGCACUGAUAGUGAAAGUGAUGGUGACAAUUAUGAGCUGGAGCUGGAGGAGAUGGAAAUGAGCGAAGAGCUGAGUCAGUCAGAGGAUGAGGCCGGAGAAAAAAAGCCAAACAGAUUAUCCACUAAAGUGAAAUCGCCCCGCAGUAACGACAAAAAGGAACAAAUGCUUUGCAUUUUGCUGUCUGACUCCAGCACUGAAAAGAGCGAUCAGGAGGAUACAGAUGAGGGGACUGUCGACAGUAAAGGCACCCCCAAAGGACGCAAGAAGAUCCGCAAAAUCCUCGAAAAUGAGAAUCUGCGGGCAGAGACCCAGGAAGCGCUGAGAGAGGAGGAGGAGAGGUGCAAACGGUUGGCAGAUAGGGAGCAACAGAUGGCGGACACGAGAGAGAUUAUUGUUAUAGAGGAUGAGCUGUCUCAAGUGCCGUGUCCAAUCACCACAAAGCUGGUCCUGGAUCAGGAUGAGGAGACUAAGAAGCCUCUUGUUCAGGUGCACAGGAACCUGGUGACAAGACUGAAACCUCACCAGGUGGAUGGAGUUCAGUUUAUUUGGGACAGUUGCUGUGAGUCUGUGAAGAAGGCCAACUCUUCUCCUGGAUCAGGCUGUAUACUGGCACACUGCAUGGGUCUGGGAAAGACUCUUCAGGUGGUAGCGUUCCUUCACACAGUGUUGCUGUCAAAGAACCUGAACUUCAGAACGGCACUGAUCAUGUGUCCUCUUAACACUGUCCUCAACUGGGUCAGCGAGUUCAAGAAAUGGCAAGGCAACAUGGGAGAGGAUAUAGUCAAAGUUACAGAACUGGUCACAAAAAAGACUCUCCCAGACCGGAUCGGUGCUCUGAAGAGGUGGCAGAGUGCUGGAGGUGUUAUGAUAAUGGGAUACGAAAUGUACCGCAACAUGUCACUUAGCCAGAAAAUGGGGGAUGAGAAGUGGAAGAAAGAGCUUAAAAGCUUACUGGUGGAUCCAGGUCCAGACUUUGUGGUUUGUGAUGAGGGGCACAUCCUGCGCAACGAAGCAUCCAAUAUCUCCAAAGCCUCAAAUGCCAUCAAGACCAGACGAAGAGUCGUGCUAACUGGCACGCCGCUGCAAAACAACCUGGUCGAGUACCACUGCAUGGUCAAUUUCAUCAAGAAGAAUCUUCUGGGCUCGCUGGGCGAAUUCAGAAACCGAUUUAUCAACCCGAUACAGAACGGCCAGUGUGCCGACUCCACACCAAAAGACGUGCGAAUCAUGAAGAAGCGUGCACAUGUCCUUCAUGCCAUGCUGGCCAGAUGUGUGCAGAGGAGAGAUUACUCAGAGCUAACCCAGUUUCUACCUCCCAAACUUGAGUAUGUGGUGGCGGUGAGGGUUUCCCCGCUUCAGUAUAAGCUGUACCGCUACUACCUUGAGCACGUCACUGGUGUUGGUUUCAUGGCUAACACACCGAGGAUGAGGACGGGAGCAAACUUGUUCAAGGACUUUCAGGUUCUCAGCAGGAUUUGGACUCAUCCCUGGUGCCUUCAGCUCAGCUACAUCAGCAAAAACAAAAAAGGACCCUUUGAAAAGAAGAAUCAAGUUACAGUUGCAGCUCUGUUCAGAAAUAAGGAGCCCGCUGUGACUGAGACCAGACUGAGCGAGAACAAAGACAAAGGAGAGAACGCUGACAGCACUACAGCACUUUCUGCUGACGUGGUCAAAGACGCUCCAGCAGUAGGAGGGGAGAGAGCAACCAGAGAGAUUCCAGGUGAGGGCUGGUUCAAGAAUCUGCUGUCUGAAAGUGACGCCAAAAUCCUGGAGCACUCUGGGAAGAUGGUGCUCUUAUUUGAGAUCCUGAGAAUGGCCGAAGACCUGAAGGACAAAGUGCUCGUGUUCAGUCAGUCCUUGAUCUCGUUAAACCUAAUUGAGGAUUUCCUCAAGGCUUCUCACCAUGCAAGAGAUUCAUCAUCAUUCAAAGCGGGCAGCUGGAUUAAAAACAUUGAUUACUACCGUCUUGAUGGUUCCACCAGUGCUAUAUUAAGGAAGAAAUGGGCAGAUCAGUUCAAUAAUCCUGCCAAUGUCCGCGGCAGAUUGUUUCUCAUCUCAACAAGAGCGGGCUCGCUCGGCAUCAACCUGGUCCAUGCCAACAGGGUGAUCAUCUUCGACGCCUCAUGGAAUCCCUCAUAUGACAUACAGAGCAUAUACAGGGUCUACCGUUUCGGUCAGCUCAAACAAGUGUUUGUGUAUCGCUUCCUGGCUCAGGGAACCAUGGAGGAGAAGAUCUAUGAUCGUCAGGUGACUAAGCAGUCUUUGUCGAACCGAGUGGUGGAUCAGCAACAGAUCGAGAGGCACUUCACCCUUUCUGAACUGACUGAACUUUACAUAUUUGAGCCAGACCUGCUGGAUGACCCAAACUCAAAGAAAAGCAAGAGAACCACCUCUGUUUUACCAAAGGAUAGUGUCCUGGUGACGCUGUUACAAACCUGUAAAGACCACAUAGUGAGCUGCCAUGAGCAUGAAUCUCUGCUGGACCAUAAAGAAGAGGAGGAGCUCAGUGAGGCAGAACGCAAAGCUGCCUGGGCAGAGUACGAGGCCGAGUCAAACACAGCCAGCGCCUCGGUUAGCUCGAGCCAGAACGCCUUGAUAGGAAAGACUAAUGAACAGCUACUGAAACUGCUCAACAAGACUAGAACAGACGUAUCAGGGGCCUUUUUGGCGCUGCAGAAGAUCACGUCUCACACUAUCGAACAAUACAUGCAGCUGCUGCGGCAGCAGUAUCCUGACCUGCCCCAUCCAGAGGUCAGGCAGAAGGCCGAGCUUUGGAAACAAAGUGACGAGAAGGAGCAGGAACGCAGACGGGCCUUUUAUCAAGACGUCCUCGCCAAACAACAAUCGCUCACACUCCAUAUCCAGGCCAUGCUGAACAGUCGAAGGACUCAACUGAUGCAGACGACAGCGAACACUGUGAACCAGCAAGGGCAGACUUGAGGAAGAAUGUGAUGCCUUUGUUCUUCAUCUCGUAACUUUCCUCAAUCACUGUUCUACCAGACAGGCGUAUGUUUUAUAACACAAGAAUGCACUGAGUACCAAAAGCAACAUAACAGCUGUAUGUUAUAUUACUUUUAGAUUUUAAGUGGUGACGUUUGUAGUACGAUACUCAGAUGCACCAUCAGUUUAGUUUAGUUACACUAAGUACUUUAACUUUAAUGAUUUUCAGUUGUACGAAUGUGUCAGUUUGCAAAAAAAGGAAUCAUUCACUAGCUGCUUUAUACUAUUUCAAUACGUUAUUUAGUACCAAAUCAUCAAUUUCAUGGAUUCUACUCUAGGAAAUUACUGAAUGUGCCUUUCUAUUGAUAUGUUUUGCUACCAGUUAAGAUUACGUAUAUUAAAUACAAUUUUUGUAGUUUUUUUUGUAUCAAUGUUUUUGUUUGUUUUUUUUACAAUCAACAAGAUUCAGUAGCUGAAA